CACGCCUAGACUCGUUCGUGCAACGAAACCGACAUCAUUCCAUGGCGAAGUUCCAAGACUGAUGCUCUUGUCGUUCUUUGAGCAAAUUAACAGUUUUACUUUAUGAACGGAAUUUUUACCGCAAUAUAAGUUAUUUUUUAGGAACAAUGUUGUGAUUUUAGAUGUAGAAGUGGUGUUAUAGUGAUUUAUAUAUGGAAUACGAGCGCAAGUGAUAUUAACGAGGAAUUUUUGUGAAGUGGUGCAAUAGUGUUCAGUUAUCAACUACCAUAGGAUUUAAAGGAUUAUCUUUAUUUGUAAUAGAAGGUUCCUUGGGACAGUACGCGAUUUUCGCGAUUAUGAAAAAGCGCUUCUGUACAUGAAUUUGAUCGAGUACAAAAUAUAUAAUAUUGAAGCCCGUCCGUCUUAACCCAGUAAUGGCUAUUCUAUGGGUCGGAGGGUGUCUGCGCGGGCGGCGGCGGUAGACCACAUGAGCCCGCGCGAUGUGGCGCGUGCUGCUGGCCCUCGGGGCGGCGUGCGUCGCCGCGCGCGCCUCGCAGGACCUCGUCCGGACCUUCUCCGAUGCCCUCGCUGAGACCUCAUCCCACUUCAACCAUCUUGUUGUUGAUCGCAACACGGGCAGGGUGUACGUCGGCGCCGUCAAUCGGAUAUACCAGCUCUCGCCCGACCUCGAAGUGGCACAGAAGAUCAUCACGGGUCCCGUCAAUGAUUCCUCCCAGUGUACGUUUGAUUGCCCCCCCAGCUUUGUUAAAAAGCCCACAGACAAUGUUAAUAAAGCUCUCGUUAUAGAUUAUGCGACUAGUCGUCUCAUCACGUGUGGCUCGGUACUGCAAGGACUGUGCUCUGUACGUAAUCUGAACAAUAUUUCGCAUGAUGUCCGGGAAGUGCGGGAACCGGUCGUCGCUAACAAUGUGACUGCUUCCACCGUAGCUUUUAUCGCGCCAGGGCCUCCCAACCCACCGAUGACUCAAGUUAUGUAUGUUGGUGUUACAUUCACGGGGAACUCCCCAUACCGAUCCGAAGUACCGACAGUGAGCAGUCGUUCCUUGGAAGACGAUAGACUUUUCAUGAUUGCUCGAACUGCAGUGACUACAGGAACUAGGAUGUUUGUCAAUUCCUUAUCUCGUGAACGAUACCCUAUAAACUAUGUUUAUGGUUUUAGUUCGGAGGGAUUCAGCUAUUUCCUAACAAGCCAGUUGAGAGGAGUGGGUUCAGAUACAUAUUAUAGUAAAUUAGUGCGUGUAUGUCAUGAUGACGAAAACUAUUACUCCUACACAGAAAUACCCAUGUCUUGUAUGGGAGAAGGUGGCGGUAAUUUUGGAUAUAACCUGGUUCAAGCAGCAUUCGUCGGAAAAGCAGGGUCUGUACUCGCUGGUGAACUGGGGAUCACUGCCCAACAUGACGUAUUAUUUGCAGCUUUCAGUCAGAGUGAAUCUAUAAACAAUAACGUUCCUUCAAACAUGUCAGCCCUAUGUGUAUAUUCACUCAAAGCUAUUAGACGUAAAUUUAUGCAAAAUAUAAAAACUUGCUUCAGUGGUAAUGGAUCUAGAGGCUUAGAUUUUAUAUCACCAUCACACGCUUGUAUAGGCACCAAAUUACAGUCAAUUAGUGAAGAUUUCUGUGGGCUGGACGUAAACACGCCUCUUGGUGGAGAACAACCUGUUGAAGCAGUACCUGUUGCAGUAUUUAAGAAAAGACUGACUGCAGUAGCAGCUACGGCGACCGGAGACUAUACUGUUGUAUUUGCUGGCACCGCCGAAGGACAUCUCAAGAAGGUCGUUGUUGAGAGCGCUACUUCUGCGUUCGAAUAUGGAGACAUAGUCGUAGAUGAAGGGUCACCAGUGAAUAAGGAUUUAUUCUUCGACACACAGUUGAUGCAUCUAUACGUAAUGACGAAACGUAAGGUAUCAAAAGUAAAAGUUCAAGAGUGCAGCGUAUAUAAGUCGUGUUUGACAUGUUUGGGAGCCAAAGAUCCGUAUUGCGGCUGGUGUUCUUUGGAAAACAAGUGCAGCUUAAGAUCGGACUGUCAAGAUGCAGCUAAAGAUGUAUUGUAUUGGAUAUCAUACCGCAGUGGACGUUGCACAACCAUUACACAGGUUACCCCAUAUCAGCUACAACGAACAACUUCAAGAACUUUAGAUUUAGUUAUAGAAAAUUUACCCACUCUUAACGGACAAUUUCUGUGUGCAUUUACCGCUUUAGAUCGUACUCUUAUUACCAACGCUACUAGGAAACAUUAUGGUGUCAAUUGUACAACACCACGGACUGAUACACUUCCGCCUAUUCCUGCCGGCCAGCAUCAUUUUACAGCUAAACUAUCAGUUCGCACGACGCAAGGGCCUGAUUUUGUUGCGACAAAUUUUACGUUUUUUGAUUGUAAUACGUACAGUUCGUGCACUCAGUGCGUGAGUUCUUCCUUCCCAUGCGAUUGGUGCGUUGACGGUCAUCGUUGUACUCACGAUACGGCGGAGAAUUGUAGGAAUGAUAUCCUUGUUACAGGCGUCAGUAGAAUAGGUCCUAGCUAUCGCUCCGGGCCUGGUUUCUGUCCUACUAUUAAUUCUACCUCUGAUGGUACCAAUGAAAUUUUGGUUCCUUCUGGCGUUAAAAAAGCAAUAAAAGUGAAGGUUCAUAUUAUUGGACAGUUUAUAGUUCAAACUAGAUUUGUAUGCCAAUUCAAUAUAGAGGGAAGAGUGACUCACGUGAACGCUCAACUACUUGCCGAUACUAUUUAUUGUGAAGCAGUUGAAUUCACGUACACCUCACGUGAACCCAACAUAACCGCGUCAUUCGCUGUUAUUUGGGGCGGAUCAAAACCUCUAGAUAACCCAGAUAAUACCCAUAUAUUGAUUUACCGAUGUCACGAUAUGGCGGAUAAUUGUGGUAUGUGUUUAGCGCUACCUGAGAAGUUCGGUUGUGGCUGGUGUCAGGGUUCAGAUAGAUGUGAAGUCCAAGAGCAGUGUGGUGCACCAAGUGUGUGGCUCAAUCGAACUCAAACCUGUCCGAACCCUGAAAUACACGUAUUUAAGCCACAACUUGGCCCCUGGGAUGGUGGCACUAAUAUUACCAUUGAAGGUAUUAAUCUCGGUCGUAACAUAUCCGAUAUUUAUACCGGUGUAACUAUAGCAGGUAUUAAAUGUCAGCCUAUUAUCGAGUUGUAUGUAAAGACAAGACGUAUAGUAUGUACGGUGGACGGACCCGGCCAAGAAGUUCCUCGAGACGGUCCUGUAGUCGUUCGUGUGGCAGAUUAUCGCGGUGAAUCCAAACACCACUAUACUUUCGUUAAUCCCAAAAUAAACUCUAUUCAACCGAAAUACGGUCCACAAUCCGGUGGCACCAAGUUGCGUAUAACAGGGGAAUACUUGAAUGCGGGAAGUAAUAUACAAGCGUUCAUCGAUGAAUUACCAUGCGCUAUUUUAUCUGUGUCUCACGAGGAAGCUGUGUGUAGGACGAGUCACUCGUAUCAACUCAAAAUGGGCACACUGCGGAUGCGCUUCGAUAAUGGAAUGCGUACUUUGGAACGGGAGAAAUUCGAAUACAUAGAGGAUCCUGUUGUGGUUUCGGUCGAAUCUGGUCCUCCAUUAGUAUCACAACGCAAACAACCCAAAGGUAUUCCGUCUGGUGGUAUAAACAUCAAAGUGAUGGGACGUAAUUUCCAUUCCAUUCAAUUUCCGCAAAUAUACGUCUAUCAUGAUAAUCGUCCGUAUAUCGCCCCGUGUCAUAGAGUCGAUUUUCAAACGCACCUCAUUUGUGAAUCGCCAGGUAUAGAAAGCGCUGGACUCAAUUUAGAUCCUGACAGGCCAUUAGAGUUAGAAUACGGUUUCAAUAUGGACGACGUUCAGAGCGUACAAAAUAUCACAACAAAGACAGGUGAAGCGUUUUUACUGUACCCCGACCCUGUUUAUGAGAAGUUUGAUGAAGAUGUAAAGUAUUAUAAAUCUGAAUAUUUGACUAUAAAUGGGCAAAAUUUGGAUAGAGCGUGUACGGAACACGAUGUUGAGGUGGAGAUAGGCGAAAGUAUAUGCAAUGUUACGUCGUUGUCGAGGCAUCAAUUGACAUGCCGCCCACCAGCGCGUGACGAAUUGCCAGAUGGUGUAGACACUCCCGAGGUAGUGGUGAGGGUUGGCCGAGCUCUCACUUAUAAAAUCGGUAAAUUGUCUUACUCUUCGCAAGCUGGCCUGCAGGCAGCUAUAGGUAAACCAGUAUUAUUCGGUGUUGUAGCUAGUAUUGUAAUACUCAUUUUAGUAUUUGUCGUGUUUCUAGUUAUGUAUAGGCGUAAAUCAACUGAAAAUAUUCGAGUAUUAAAAAAUAUGCAAGAGCAAAUGGAUAUAUUAGAAUUAAGAGUAGCAGCGGAAUGCAAGGAAGCUUUCGCAGAGUUGCAGACUGAAAUGACUGAUUUGACGGGAGAUAUAACGGGAGGGAUACCGUUCCUUGAUUACCGUACAUACGCUAUGAAAAUAUUAUUUCCUAAUAUAGAUGAUCAUGCCGUUCUGCAAUGGGAACGUCCUGAACUUAUGCGUAAAGAGAAAGGUCUCAGACUGUUUGGACAGCUUAUUUUAAAUAAAACAUUCCUUUUAUUAUUUAUUCGUACUCUAGAAAGUAAUAGAUAUUUUUCAAUGCGCGACCGUGUCAAUGUCGCUUCACUUAUUAUGGUAACAUUACAAAGUAAGAUGGAAUACUGCACUGAUGUUCUGAAAACGCUAUUGGCAGAGCUUAUAGAGAAGUGCAUGGAAAGUAAAAGUCACCCUAAACUUUUGUUAAGAAGAACAGAAAGCGUAGCCGAAAAAAUGUUAAGUGCUUGGUUCACCUUUCUUUUAUACAAAUUUCUGCGCGAAUGCGCCGGUGAGCCGCUUUAUCUGUUGUUCAGAUCUAUGAAAGGUCAGGUAGACAAAGGGCCGGUCGACGUGAUUACCUCCGAGGCACGAUACUCUCUAAGCGAAGAGAAACUAAUUAGGCAGUCGAUCGAUUUCAAAGCGAUGACCGUCAGUGUGUCCAUUUCACAACAGACAUUAUUCGUUAGCGGCUUAGAGGCUCCCACAGAAAACGUGCAAGUCAAAGUUCUCGACUGUGAUACGAUUAGCCAAGUUAAAGAGAAAUGUUUAGAUGCUAUUUACCGCGCUACACCGUAUUCGCAAAGGCCGAGUCGUGACGAGUUAGAUUUGGAAUGGCGAACCGGGGCCUGCGGUCGAUUAAUAUUGUACGACGAAGAUAGUACCACUAAAUGCGAAGGAGAAUGGCGUAAACUAAAUACACUCAAUCAUUACCGCGUGCCAGACGGUGCUUGCCUCAGUUUAGUUGCAAAACAGAGCUCCGUGUAUAACUUGUCUAAUAUGGAAAAGAAUGAUAAGUCCCACACUUACGAAACGUUAAACAGAGGGAAAUACGGCUCGGCCAGUCCACCGGCCAGCCCUCUGAAGUACGAACACGGCGGAGGCUUCAAAUAUUGGCACCUCGUUAGGCAUCACGACGGUGACGCACACAAAGAGGGAGAGCGCGGAAAUAAAAUGGUAUCGGAAAUAUAUCUGACUCGCUUGCUCGCUACCAAGGGUACGCUGCAGAAGUUUGUAGAUGAUUUAUUCGAGACUAUAUUUAGUACGGCGCAUCGCGGCUCCGCGUUACCUCUCGCGAUAAAAUACAUGUUCGACUUCCUCGACGAUCAAGCACUCCAGCACGCUAUAUCCGACCCUGAAGUGGUUCACACUUGGAAGAGCAACUCGCUGCCUCUGCGUUUCUGGGUCAAUUUAAUUAAAAAUCCGAAUUUCGUUUUCGAUGUCCAUAAAUCAAAUACCGUAGAUUCAUGCUUAUCCGUGAUCGGGCAGACGUUUAUGGAUUCGUGUUCCACUUCGGAUCACAUCCUCGGCAAAGAUUCGCCGUCUUCUAAGCUUUUAUACGCUAAAGAUAUACCGGUAUAUAAAGAAUGGGUGGAGCGGUAUUAUGCGGAUAUAAAGUUGAUGCCGGCCAUAUCGGAUCAGGACAUGAACGCGAUGCUAGCGGAGGAGUCGCGCCUCCACACUAAAGAGUUCAACACUAACUGCGCGUUGAACGAACUGUACGCUUACGCGGUUAAAUACAACGAGCAACUGAUGGUGACGUUGGAGGAGGACGAGUUCUCCCAGAAGCAGCGGCUCGCGUACCGCCUGGAGCAGGUCCACGGUCUCAUGGCCCACGACUAUAACGUCUGAAGCUCAACCCACCGCCUUCCGCGCCGUGUACAUAAUGCCCUCGCACAUAUCUAAAUUGCUGGCAUAUUUUGUAUAUAUUAGAUAGUGUACAGUCUUUAAUAUUGUAAUUUUUGUAUAAUUUCAGCGGUCCGAUGUCGUUUUUUUUUAAUUUUAUAUAAUGAACUUUGUAUUAAUUUUACACGACGAACCGACCGGCCGCGGUCGUGCCACAAGUAAUCAUGGUAAAAUAUUAAAUUGUGUAUAUGUAUGUCUAUGUGUACUCGCGUCGGACGAGUUAAUGUUACGUCGAUCGGUGUAUAAUUGUGUGUUGCCAAUGAAUUCGCAUGUAAGUUCGCCGGCGAGCGCUGCGCCUCGCUGUCGGGCGGUAUUUUAAACAAUUUGUACUCGCAGUCUACUUAACGAAAUACCGACACUGAACCGGUGAACGAUUCCAUUAAUAAAUAUCGUCGAAUGUA